ACACGUCAUGCUCUAUAUUAUCGACAAUCCACCAGAAAUAAUAGCAAAAUCGUAGAGCUUAUGAAAGUGUUUCUCGAUUACAAUUCGAUUACAAUUCGAUUAAAUUCGAUUAAAUUCGAUUAAAUUCGAUUAAAUUCGAUUAAAUUCAAUUAAACUCGAUCGUUUGAUUUUUUCAAAAAUAAUUAAUACGGAAGAAUAAUAAUGCGCAGUAUCGGUAUACGUAUCCGUGCAACUACCGUGAACGUUCCAUAAUAUACGGUCUCCAUGGCAGAACGCUGUCUACUUUGAGGUUAUGAACGAUUUGACAACUACAUCGACACUGUGUACUUGACGGAAUAUAAAUCAAAGAAUAUGGAUAGCGAACAAGAGAAUACACUAAAAUUGGAAGGCCAUGCAGAUAGAAAAUACAUUAGCUUUCAAGGUCUUAAAAAAGCUUCCAAAUGUCCAAGCAAUCGUAUUGAAUGUUUAGAUACAAAUCAGACCGAUUCACAACAAUUCAAUAAUCGAGAUAUUACAAGAAAGAAAGGUGUGUCUUUGAUGCAAUUUGUACAGACAGAAUUAACAAGAGGAUACCAAUUAGAAUACGAUGAAGAAAGAUUUUCUGCAAGAAGAGAGAAGAUCUAUUCGUUUAUGAAAAUUCCUAGAGAAGUUGAAAAAUUCAUGAUUUAUGGCUUUCUCCAGUGUGCAGAUUCAUUUUUAUUUGUCUAUACAUUUUUACCAUUAAGAUUUAUUAUGGCAUUAUGGGCUGUAGCCACAAGACCCCUUUGGCAUUGCUUAGGAAGUAAGAAACUUCGUGCCAAAAGAAAAGAAAGGAUUUUGAGGCCGGCCGAAGUAUGUGAUUUAUUAAAGGGAGUGGUAGUAUUAGGUUGCUGGGCAGCCACAUGGAAAGUGGACACAUCAAUGAUGUACCAUGUAGUUAAAAGUCAGUCGGUGAUAAAAUUAUAUAUUUUUUAUAAUAUGUUAGAAGUAGGAGAUCGACUUUUUAGCGCAUUUGGUCAGGAUACAAUAGACGCAUUACUUUGGACUGCCACAGAACCACGUUCUCGAACACGAUCAACUCGUUCUCAACACUUGGGAACAUUGCCACAUCUCCUAUUUGCUCUUGCUUAUGUGUUGCUGCAUAGUAUACUGGUGCUAUUUCAAGCGACUACCUUAAAUGUAGCUAUAAACAGCAGCAACAAAGCUCUUCUUACAAUAAUGAUGUCUAACAACUUCGUUGAAUUAAAAGGUUCUGUUUUCAAGAAAUUUGACAAGAAUAAUUUGUUUCAAUUAUCUUGUGCCGAUGUCAGAGAACGUUUUCACUUAACGAUGUUACUGUUAGCGGUUACAUUGCAAACAAUGAAGGAGUACGCAUGGCGAGCUGAUAGGCUAAUUGUCCUGCUACCCGAUUGCGUAAUGUUGCUAUUAGCAGAAGUUCUUGUUGACUGGGUAAAGCAUGCAUUCAUCACUCGUUUUAACGAGCUAAGCUCAACUGUCUAUAGGGAUUACACAGUUAGUUUGGCUUAUGAUAUGGCUCAAACGAGACAAAAAACAGCAUUUUCUGAUCCAUCGGAUUUGAUAGCUCGGAGAAUGGGUUUUAUCCCAUUACCCCUUAGCGUUGCUAUGGGCAGGGUAUUAUGUACAACUUUAACACCAUCUGCAAGACCAGCAAAUUUCAUUUUGUUAAUAUUAGCAUAUCUCAUACUCGUAGCUUUACGUAUAUUAAACAGUCUAAUUAUUUUGGGUAGAGCAUGCGAUUUAAUAUCUUCGCAUGCACAUUCAAAUAGAAAUGAGACGGGUGAGGAAACAUUGAUUCAGAAUUUAAAUAAAUCAAGUGCAGAUGCAAAAGAUCCGAACCUGGCAACAGCUAUAUUUUCAAAUAGCGCUGUCAGUUUGAAUAAUGUAUGUCUUAACGAUGCUCUACUUAAAUCGGACGAUAUUAACGACGACCUGGAUAGAUCUCUGGAUAAUUCGGCUGAAGUUGGCCCACCAGUUAAAAACAUUUUAAGAAGUGGAAGUGAACCUCUACUUCCUCAAUGACACCUUUUCUUAGUAUAAUUGUAGCUCAAAACUUUUUCGUUCAUAAAUAAUACCACUAGCCAUGUAUACAUAUAUGUAGGCAUACUUAUGUGUGUGUGUACAUGUUAUUCUCAGGUUUUUUAUGAUAUGAUGAAUUAAAUAUAAGUAUUUAAGAAAAUAGAAAAAGAAAUAAAAUUUCAAGGUACACUUUAAUACACAUUAUUUCAUUAUAGAUCCAAAUAAAUAUCCUAAUUCGUCCAUUAUAUUUGUAACAAAUUAUUUUAUUGUGACAAAUAUAACAAAGUAAUGGAGGAUAUUAUCGUACCCCCUUUCCUCUUUAUUUUUUAUACCUGCUUAAGACGUCGUGAACUAAUCGUGAACUGAUGGAGGACGAUCGAUGAACAAAUCCAUACACGAAUAUUUUAUAAUUGCAUAAUGCAAAAUGAUUCUGAAAACGAGAUGAGAGGUAAUAAUUAAACGAUAUUACAUUCUGUAAAACGUCGCACAGCUCUUGAGAAGCAUUAGACUUGGAAUAAUUUUGUUUCAGAGUAGGUCGAUCUUUUAAUGUCAACAAGAAUAACCACCAUUGGAAGGAACAAUGCGACUUAUCCACUUUUCAGUUUUCUCCUUUCGUACUCCGAGGAUUAAAUGUCUGAAAUUCACUCUUUCCAUACCGUCCCUACAUUUAAUCGUUUAAAUUCGGAAGAGUAUCAUUAAUAAAUAAUGAUUAUUUUUACUAACAAUAGUUUUUAUCAAUAUUACAAUGAUCGUAAGACACGAUCGAUAUAAAAUAAAUUCUUUUUAAUUUAAUCUUUCGAGAAAAUAUAUCGCGAGCACAGGAUAGUAUAAUUAAUAAACAAAAAUUAUUUUAUUUAAAUCCUAACACGUCCGGUUAACAAUUGACACUUGAAUAUUUACUAACCUCAUGACACCCCGGGAAUUAAAGUAGAGCUUUUAAAGUAGUAUUCCACUUAAUUUGUGGGUCUUCAGAUGCAAUAACCUCCACGUGAUAAGAUACUCGCAGUAUAGAAUUGCAUCUAAUAGAAUUUCAAUAUUAUCGAGAGAAUGGCUCCAUGUCUUUCACUGAUCUUUCGUCGAUUCUUAAGACAUAGCGUUUGACUCAGCUCGGAUCGUAUAGCGUCGCGACGAUAUUACUGAUGUCGUGAUGAUAUUUCUUUCCCGUGUCUUCGGCAUACAUGACGGAGGAAAAUAGAGAGGGGUAUCGCCUGUGCGGGUCCCCACUACCACCGAUACCGUGAUAUAAUGACAAAGCUUAGCUCUUAGGAAUAAAGUAAAUAUAACGUAUAUUCACAUAUUCUUAAUAAAGAUUUGAUCUUGUCGGCUGCGUUACGGAAGGUUAGAUUAAGGAUUACGUCACUUAGAAUUAACAUUCUCAAGCAAUAGAUUUAUGAGAACAUGAUAGUUCUAGAUUUAAAAUUACUCGAAAUAGAUUUAAGAACUAAACGUAAUUAAUCUAUUAAUGAAAGAAAAGACUUUAACGAACGACCAACUAGGAAUGAUCAAAAAAUUAUACUCAUCAAUAACGUUAUGCCGCUGCGUAACAUGCAGGAGCGUUGUGCCGCUGUCAUAUUAGGACGAGGUAGGUGGCGAUCUCGUCGCGAUUGUUACGCCUCCUCUGGCAUAAUAUUAGAACUAACACGCCUCGGCGCCACCUAACGUAAGAGAAACCAAUCAAAGAAAGAAAGUAAAAGACAACAAAGACCCCGGGAACAAAAAAGGAAUCAUUCAUUCUUUGUUUUUCAAAUAAAAAAAAUUUUAAUUAUGAAUAAAUAUUACGAUUAUGUAUGUGGAAUAUAUGCUAUAAUUUAUAAUUAUAAAAUAAAAUAUGUAUAAUAAUCAUUUUACCUUAGCCACUUUGGGCUUUUUUGUGAUUAUAUUCCAUGACGUUUUCAUAAAAUAAAAUAAAUUACAGUGAAUAAUUUUAAAAGAAUAAUUUAAAAAGUCCAAGAAUCUUUUUAUAUUUUGAGAUAUUUGUAGUAAACCGUUCUUUUCUCCUAUAUCAUCCCAUCCAUGACUUUCCAAAAUAUCUGUAAAUAGAAACACUCGUUUUUCAUUACAUACCUUUAUACCUUGCUGAAAUCGUGAUAUUUUUCCAUGAUACUAUAAUAUAAUAUUUUUUUUUCCUUAACACUUUUUCGAUUUAUAAGAAUUGAUUGUUACAAUAACAUCUGGAUUAUUAACAUUAAAAAUGAUCCAAAGAUGAUCCAACGUUAGAGGUUGCACAAUCGGUCUUUCUUCAUAGCGGCACAUAAAUUUCAAUUUUGGUGGAAGAGUAGUGAGUUUUAGUAGCCUUUUGGAAACAUCUUCAAUUUAGCUACAAGAAUAUGUGACAUAUAUAUAAAAAUAACAUGAUAUUGAUCGAUCUUUUCAUUCCAAGACCAAAUAAAUAUCAUGGGUUAAUAGCUUUUUUUCUGUUUCAAACUUGUUUCCAAUGUAUAGCCAGUCGACUUUUGAGAUAAUUUUUUUUGGUAUUUCUAAAUGUCAUCUAUUUACUGUGUAAUAAUAAAUUUUUAUUGAUCAACGUCUCCUUAUAUUUUGCUUAUUUCAUCUUGCUCAAUCUCUUUCACUUUCGCUCACUUUCCCUCCAGCGAUGAGAUACCCAAAUGGAAAAUUUAAUCAAAUUUUGGUUAUUUCAUCUUGCUCACUGCUCUCUCUCUCUCUCUCUCUCUCUCUCUCUCUCUCUCUCUCUUUCUCUCUCUCUCUCUCUCUCUUGCUUUCUCCUUUUUUUCUCCCCAUACGACUCAUACCAGUGGAUUGACGUAGAUCAUAUCGAAUGAUUUCUCUUUUCAUGUACGUUAUUACGUCGUAGCUGUCACACGUGGAAAUUUAACCAAUAUUUUAAGGAAUACUUGGCAUUCUUUCUCUUUUUUUCUUCCGAUGAAGAAGUUUCUAGUGAAGUUUCUUCGGAAAACAUAAACGUACAUAUUACACUUUCUUAAUGAUUAAAUAAAAAAAUGUCAUUUUUUAGAAAACACGCACCCUCUAUACUCAUGUUAAGUGUUUUUUAUGUGUAAUCAUAUCACUCGUUCGUACAGUCGGUCAUUAUCGUUUCUUGUUAUCCACUUAAAUCGUAUACUUUUUAGAACUAUUAAUCUUUUAAAAUAAGAGCUUCUAAUCUCCAAACGAGUAGAAAUACACAUUCUUAUCUCUCCUACAGCUUACAUUUUUAUUCCCUAAAUCACCGAGAUAAUCAUUACUUUAAUAUUAUUCACCUACGAACCCUAACCCUACAUAUAGUUUCUAUAUAUCUCUUCAUAUACAUGUAGAAAGUAUUCGUAAAGUGAUCAAUUCGAAAUAAGACUUUGUGAAUUUAUGGCUUAUUAAUUAAUUUUUUAUAAACAAUGAUACAUAUUAUAUUUUCGUAAAUGUCUAGAGUGGACAUAGUCCAAAAAAAAUUAGUUGUUUGUAUAAUUUAUAAGAUUAGUAAGAAAAAGCAAAACAUCGACAGAAAUAUUAAACCAGUGGUAUUCGCACAGUUCUUAUUUCGAGAUGUUUGCAAAAGAAUUUAUAAAUAUAUAUUAAAGUAAGAAGCGAAUAAAAGUAGGAUUUAUAAUAUAUUCGUCAUUCGACUGAAGAAUUAAUUAAUAACCGGUUUAUAACACGAUGCUCGGUUAUAGGAGGAAGAGACAUAAUUAACUUUUGAACUUUUCUCCGAAUCUUCUAUUUCCCGUCUUACCCAACCGAAUAAGAAUGUUCUUAUGUAACCUCUGAUCACGUGAAUAUACUGCGUCUUCUUCAAAUACUCCUCGUUUUCCUCUUCCAUCCUUAUUUCUUUUUACGACACGAUGGCAGAAGGAGUCAUUGUGCGGUGCUACAAGAUUAUCUCUAUAUCUCAAUAAUUAUUAUUAUAAUCGUUAAAUUAUUUUUAUUUUAAUUAAACUGUUUCUAUAGUUUUCAAUUGAUUCAAUUCAUCAUAGAAUUCAGUGCAACAUUAACUAUUAUUACAACAAUAAUAAUUGGAUUGUUUUAUAGAAUAUUACAAUACUUUUUAAAUAAAUUACAUAUGUAUAAUAGGAUCAAAGGAAUCCCGGAUCCAAAAGUAUAUCCAAUUGUUGGAAAUACUCGUUAAUUUGUCGGGAAUAAUAACAAAGCUUUAUUCAAUCAUUUAUUAAAUCUUGAUAAGAUUUUUUCUUAAGACUGAAUAGUCCAAUUAUUACUUAUAAGAGCGAAAUUGAAAUAGUCGAAGCAUUAGUGAUAAGAGCGAAGAAUAUGAAAACCUGAAACCUUGCUGUAGGCAAUGGUGGUUUGUUAACUGCUCCAGCAUCAGGAAUCCUCAUCGAAAAUCAUUAAGUGAAGUUCCUUUUAAAAAAUAUGUAAAGUCGCAUAUGGAUGUAUUGAUUAAUCAUUUUGUCUCUUUAAUGAAAAAAUUGGAAAUUUUGCUUGGAAAAGUAUUAGAUGUUUGCCAUUACGUUUUUUCCUAUACAUUGGACAUAUUAUAAGGUAGAAAAUUUGGAACGUUUAUAAAUUUUAUAGACACUUGUAUGAAUUUAUUAUAAUUUUGUUAUUUAUCGAAUCCUUACGUAUAUAAACUUGCUGACAAAUUCGGAUUGCAAAUUAACUGAAUCUAUAGAAUGGUAAUAAUAAUGAAUCUUUUAUAUUCGUUAUUUUCUUCUGUAUUUAUUUGUAAUAUUUUUUAUUUCCUUAUUCAAUGGGAUGUAUAUAAUAACUGCAGAAAGGAUCCUGAAAUCAUGGUUACAUCCGUAUAUAAUUUUUUAUAACACUGCUCUAUAGCAGUUCCCUAUGGAAGAAAUUUCAGACAUGAUAACGUAGAAGCGAAGCAUUUUUUAAAUUAUCUAUAUAAAAAUAUAUAUUAUUUUAUGUUUCCAAAGAUAACCGAAGAUAAAAGGAAUCUGUAUUGAGAAAUGUAAUUAUUAACCAGGGAUUGACAAAGGAAAAUUCAGGUAAGAAUAAUUAUAAUAUAUACAAUAAAAUUUUAAUUUUCAUCUUGUUUUAUAAUAAUAAAAGAUCCUUAUUUAUCUAUCAAAAACAAAAGCCGGAGACAUUUUUAAACUUUCGAAUCAACGCACGAAGAAGAAAAAUAAUCGGAGCAAGAUACUCGAGAUGACAUUAAUACGAUAAUUAUAGCCGUAAGUCCCAUUUAUUAUUUAAGUGCCAUAAAAUUUUGUUUAUUGAAUAAAAUUUAAGUAAAUAGUAUAUUACUUUCAGAGAGUACAUUAAGCAAUACCAUUAGCUUUGUAAUUUUAAUACUUGCUACAUUCCCUGAUAUUCAUGUACGUAUAUAUUACACUUUCUUAAUUAUUUGUCAUUUUAAUAACGAAACUAAUUUGAUAAGAGGUUAAUAUAAAAAUUAUUUUCAUUAUAUAAAUAACGACAAAUAAUUAAAAAAAUAUAAUAUCUACGUACUUGAAUAUCAGGGAAUGUAGCAAGCAUUAAAAGUACAAAGCUAAUAGUAAUUGCUGAAGUAUCCCUUUCCUUAUAAAAAUAACAAUUACAAAUAACCUUUUCUUCAAUUGUAUUUAACAAACAAAAUUUUAUUACACCUAAAUAAUAAAUGCGACUUACAGCUAUAAUUAUUGUAUUAAUUUCAUCUCGGGUAUCUUGCUCCGAAUAUUUUUCUCCUUCGUGCGAUGAUUCGAAUAAAAUGUUUAAAAGUGUCUUCGGUUUUUGUUUUUAUAACAUAAAUUUUAUCAGUAUAAAGGAAGAUGAAAAGUAGAAUACCGUUGCGUAUAUAAUAAUUAUUUUUAGCUGAACUUUCCAGCUUCAAUACUCGGUCAAUUGUACUUCUUAUUACAUUAAAAAUAAUUAAUUAAUGAAUAUUUCCAAUAAUUGGAUAUGCUUUUGGAUCCAGGAUUCCUUUGAUCUUAUUAUACAUGUAUAAUUUAUUGAAAUUGCGUUGUAAUAUUCUGUAGAAUAAUCCUAUUAGUAUUGCUGUAAUAAUAGUUGAUGUUUCAAUGAAUUCCAUGAUGAAUUAAAUCAAUUGAAAGUUAUAGAAAUAGUUUAAUUCAAAUAAAAAUCGUUUAAUGAUUGUAA